UCGGGGGGAACGGGUGGGAACCAGGAGUUCUCCGAACCUUAACGCGGGAUGUCCGGACUGAGGAAGUGUGAGGAGGGGGCCACACUGGGAGCCCGCUGACAUUACUGAGGCACCAUGAGCUCUGAGGGAGGGGCCGUCCCCUGGGAGGACGCAGAGCUUUUCUACAACUUAUCUGCUCCUCGUUGGCCAGUCAGAAUGGAGAACGACACCUGGGACAAUUCAACAAAUCUUCCCGCCCAACCCCCCAAUAACACUGGAGAGGUUACAAGCAAGUAUCAGACAAUGGAGAUGAUCUUCAUUGCCACAGUGACGGGUUCUCUCAGCUUGGUCACCGUCGUGGGCAACAUCUUGGUGAUGCUCUCCAUCAAGGUGAACCGCCAGUUACAGACAGUCAACAAUUAUUUUCUCUUUAGCCUGGCCUGCGCCGACCUCAUCAUUGGUGCAUUCUCCAUGAAUCUAUACUCAGUCUACAUUAUAAAGGGCUACUGGCCACUCGGACCCAUUGUGUGCGACCUGUGGUUGGCUUUGGACUAUGUGGUCAGUAAUGCCUCAGUCAUGAACCUUCUUAUCAUCAGCUUUGAUCGAUAUUUCUGCGUUACCAAACCCUUGACCUAUCCAGCUCGAAGAACCACCAAGAUGGCAGGGUUGAUGAUUGCGGCAGCCUGGCUUCUUUCCUUUGCACUCUGGGCACCAGCCAUCCUGUUUUGGCAGUUCAUUGUGGGUGAGAGGACAGUGGAAGACGGGGCAUGCUACAUUCAGUUUCUCUCCAACCCUGCAGUUACUUUUGGGACAGCCAUCGCUGCCUUCUAUCUUCCUGUGAUUAUCAUGACCAUUCUCUAUAUUCACAUUUCGCUGGCCAGCAGAAGCAGAGUCCGCAGGCAUUGCCCGGAGACCAAGCCAGAGAAGAAGAGCAAACCGAUAAGCUCUAUGAAGAGCCCUCUAAUCAAGCAGACAAAGAACCUUCCAAAAUCCGAGUCGCUGGAAGGAAAGAUGGAAGGGGAAAAUGGGGUGAAAAAUGGCAAACUUGAGAAGUCAUUGACCAACCUUCAAUCGGUGGAAGACAAAGAGACCUCAAAUGAAUCAAGUUCGGCUAGCAUGAUCAACAACCCUCAGGAGAAGCAAGUGAAUGAUCCAUCUUCUGGUGUCGUCUUGGCUCCCACUCAAAGCUUGCAACAAUUGCAUCCAAGGGUUGGUGCAGCUUCGAAGUGGUCCAAAAUAAAAAUUGUGACCAAGCAGACGGGCAAUGAAUGUGUGACAGCUAUUGAGAUUGUCCCCGAAUGUUCAAUACCUCUACACAAAGACUCAACCCUGCCCAACACUCGUCCAGCCAAUGUAGCAAGGAAAUUUGCCAGUAUAGCUCGCAAUCAAGUGAGGAAAAAAAGACAGAUGGCUGCUAGGGAGAAGAAAGUCACCAGGACCAUCUUUGCUAUACUGCUGGCUUUCAUUCUCACCUGGACGCCUUACAACGUCAUGGUUCUCAUAAACACUUUCUGCGAAACGUGUAUCCCUGAAACUGUGUGGUAUAUAGGCUACUGGCUCUGCUAUGUGAACAGUACAAUAAACCCAGCAUGUUAUGCGUUGUGUAACGCCACCUUUAAAAAGACAUUCAAACAUCUGCUCAUGUGUCAGUACAAGAAAAUCGGCAUGGCCAGAUAGGCUUCAAAAAUGAACCAUGGCUGGGGGAUAGAAGAAAUGUGACAAUAUUGAAAGACUUAAGAGCAUGCCCUGGGCUACAAAAACAUCCUCAGACAUUCUUGGAAGCCCUGAUUUGGCCAGGAAGAUUGCAAGUACAUAAGUCAAAUGUAGUCAACAUGGUUUUAAGAAACAAGUCCUGUUUUGAAGGAUUAGUAAAAAGUGGAGCAGCAGUCUUCUCAAGUCCAUCUAUGAUGGACACCUUUGAGUCAAUGGAAUUCAUAUCAUAAAGAACCACACUCAACCUUGGGUCCUGCUGCCUGGGUAUCUAUUCAAAUUUAUUAUACAGCUGCUCAAAACGUUUCUUCUUGUUUUGUUUUUUUGCAAAGAUUCCACGUGUAUAUGCUGCCUCAAUCCUGCGGAGCACUAAUCUGCCGGGGUGGCUUCUUAAUGUUCUCCUAGAUAUAGACAGAAUAUUGAUUACUGGUUUCUCACAAACUGUUUUACAGCUGUAGCCUUACCAAGAAUCUCCCUUCGGACCAUUUUAUCUGCUCAUUUUUGAAGGCCACUAUUACUCAAACCCUUGGUGUAACAUCUGGUAGCUUCAAUCUUCAAUGAUCCUUGCCCUGUUCUAGAGAUAUAAUGUUACUGUCCAUGAGUCGCCACUACUUGUAGAUAAGUCUUUGGGUUGGCCUGAUCUGUUUGUACGAAAACUGUGUCCAGAGCUUGUUGCAUGUUCACACCUAUGUUCUGUUCACUGCUAUGGGAGUUCCGAAAACAGCCAAGAGCUGGGUUGGCUAUUCACGUCAGUCCCAUGGCGGUGAAUGGACGAGUGGUGAUGCAUGCACUUUCCAUUCAAUGCUAUGGGAACUAUUUUUGGAACUCCUAUAAUGAUGAAUGGAGAGCACGCUGCGCAUGCGCUGUACUUUACUUCGGGGCCCCGUUCUGGAGAUACGAGUGGUUUCCAGAGGUGGGACCUACACCUAUGUGAUAUCAU